UCGAUUAGUCAUUGGUUAAGUCCAAUUUUCAUGGAUUUUCAAACUUUAAUAUAGAUUUAAAUGCAAUUCGAUCGUCCUCGUGUGAUCCGGUCACUACAUCUGGCGUUUACCGUAAAAUUCAUUAAUCUCUGUCUCUCUGGUAAAGUUCUAUUUUAAAGAUUAAUAGAAUCUAUGUUUAAUGAAGCAAAAUUUUAUAUGCGUAUUAACUUUGUUACGUUAUAUAAGAAAUUGGAUAACUAAUUCCUAUCCUUAUUGUGAAAUAGAUUCAAAUUGUGAAAUUCGAUAUCUGUAUUCUCUAUAUAUUCUCUAUACAACUAUAUUAGAUACGGCAAUAUUUUAGGUAUAUAUUGAGGUUUAUUGAACUUGUUAUUAUAAAAAUAUUUUCUAACAACGUUAUAAUAUAUUUUGUAAUAGCUUCGAAAAUAUUUAUUCCAAUUACUUUCGAACGAUUAUUCCUCAAAUUCGUUUCUUCCGUGCUUAUAUACAUAUUGAAUCUGAUGGCGCUUUCUUCUACUACUACUACUUCUCUCUCUCUCUCUCCCCUUCUCUCCCCCCCUCUCUCACUCUCUCUCUCAUGUAUAUACAUCAUAUAUAUCAUAUAUAUAAAUACGAGAUAUUGUUCGAAUUAGAAUUAGUUCGAAUUAAUCGACAAAGUUUGCGUUAUGGUUUCGAUAAGCGCGAUAAGAAUAAGGGUAUCGACCGGUGUUUAACGUGAACCUAUAGUAUAAUUUUAUAGUUUUAUAGUAAGUUUGAAACAAACUUGUGUACACCGUUCUGUCGACAUAAAAUUGGCGUUUUUAGUUUCGGAAGUGAGACAACUUAUAUUAUUUAUAUUUGUAUUUAUUAUUUAAGUAUAUGACUUAAAGAUGUAGGUAACAGAUCUCUAUAAAUAAAUCUAAGUUAUUGACAUACUUGAAGAGAAAGUACAGCCUCGACAUUAACCACGAGGUACAUUAUAAUGUGACCUUUCUUAUCAAUUGCUACAACUGGUUUCUCUCGAUUAGUAUACAGCACUGUAUAUAUCGUGUAUUUAAAAAUUUUGCAAAGCUGUAGGAAUAUUAUUCGACGACGUAAUGUAACUGAUCAGACCUUUCUAAUCAUUAACUUCCUUUACUAUAAUUCAUACAUUAGGCACGUUAUAUGCAUACAAUCGUUUUAUACUCUUGUUUGCACUUGUAUGUGUAUCUAUCAAAAGUUAUCACACAUUUAUUAUAAACAGUACCAACAACAUUCGUUUUCUUUUAUUGUAAGACGACUGACGUCAAGAAUAUUGUUAAAACAACUAUCUCAAAUGGCGCGAACGAACCCGAAAACUCGAUAUUCCGAAAACAAACGGCACUCCGAUUUGCCGCGUUUCGAAUCAGUUGUUAGAAUCUCCAACCUGCCUAUUGUAGAAAACAGUAUACAUAUCGCUGGUAACGUCUACGAUAGACUAAAGCGUUCAAAUUCAUUGAUGAGCUGGAGUUUAUAUACUGCUGAACAAUCACUUGCAAUUGCAACAGCGUCAGCGAAACCUGCGAUUUCCGUAUUAAAUGGGCCUAUUAUGACGAUCGAUCAAUUGCUCUGUAAAGGUAUCGAUAUCGUUGAACAGAGAGUACCAGCCGUGCAUCUUCCUCCGCAUCUUAUAUACUGCAAUGCACGAGAAUAUGUGAGCAACAAAAUCGUGAGGCCUGUUCUAAUGCGUGCCGGAAGCGUGAAACUGAUAGGAAGCCAAGCCGCGAACGCAGCGGUAGAUAGAUUAGAUGGGGCUCUAACUGUCGCAGAUAAAUAUGUUGAUCGUUACUUGCCUGCUGAUUCUACCGAUACAGUAGACCAUGAUUCCUCUCCAUCUGAACCUGUGAGUAAGACCACACGAACUAUCAAACACGGUGCCAGGUUAUCUAGGAAAUUACAAAAACGGCUAACGCGUCGCACAUUAGCGGAAGCUCGAGCGCUUAAGGAACAAGGAACGGAAUGCAUUCAUAUACUUUUAUAUAUUGUAGAAUUGUUAGCAACGGACCCAAAACUAGCGUUUAAAAAGGCGAAAGAACUUUGGGGAACAUUAAGUUUGCCUGAACCAGAAAACCAAGCUCGACCAGCUACUCUAGAACAGUUAUUGGUUCUUUUAACGCGUGAAUCUGCGCGUCGUAUUGUUCAUCUAGUGAAUGGGACAACAACGUUAGCAGCUAGAACCCCGCGCAAUCUUGGUAGACUUCUCAUUGGAGUGUCGCAUCAAUUGCUCGUAGUUGCGGAUGCUACUUUCAGAAUGAUGCCAAUUAUCGGUAAAAGGGGUGCAGCAAAAGAACAAAUUUCAGCCAUUAAUUUGGCUAUACAAAGGCUCAAUUCAUCUACAAAUCAUUUAUUGGAGCAGUUCGCAACUUUUCUAGCUGGUCGUCCAUGUGUUUCCAAAGUAACACAUGCAAAGAGUCAUCAACAAAACCACAACAACCACAUGUCGAUGUCUUCAAAACCUCCCGUAAAUGGUAUCGAUACUAUCGAGUAACAAAACUGUGGUUAUAAGUUAUUUUGCGUAAGUUCCGUCUAUGAUAGCAUUUAUUUCAAGGUUGAUAACUAUGUAUCAGGAAAAUUUCUCAUUGAAAUUUCACAGAUAAAUAAUAUCCACCGAAAUAUUAUAAUAUAGUUUUCGAACACAUUAUACUCCCACACUCACAUUAAGCAAUUAAUGAAUAUUUCUCUUAUAUCGAAGACAUAAGUGUGUAUUGUAUCCGUGUCAUUCCUAGUUUUCAAUUCUUGAAUCUACAUUUAGUACAUAAACUAUAAUGUGUCUAGAAACAAGAAAGUGCAAAAAUAGAUAUUAUGAUAAUUUCACAGUCAUCACGAUGCCAUUAAAAAAUGGUCUAUUUGUUUUGUUGACUCGAAGUAGAUUAUACAUUCUUGCCCGUAUAUAUCUUUAAGAAGCUUGUUAUUGAUGUCUCGUUAUAAUUGUACUAAACAUAUUGAAUAUAAUAUAUAUAAGUUGUGUUUGUGUUUAA